AUGCAUCGUGGAUAAUCGAGUGACACGGGUCGCUUGGCUCAACCGAAGCAGCAUUCUUUAUGCGGGCAACGAUAAGUGGUGCUUGGACCCCCGGGUGGAGCUAAUCGCCAACACCAAAACCCAUUACGCCAUCCGGAUAAACGACGUGGAUGUGUACGACGAGGGGCCGUAUACUUGCUCAGUACAGACGGACAAUCACCCCAAAACCUCGCGGGUCCAUCUCAUUGUGCAAGUACCCCCCAAGAUUGUUGAGAUCUCUUCAGACAUCUCCAUCAACGAAGGUGGCAACAUAAGUCUCACCUGCAUAGCUACAGGAAGGCCAGAUCCGACAAUUAACUGGAGGCAUAUUUCACCUAAAGCUUCAGGAUUCAUUAACUUC